UACGCCCAGAAACUUGCAAGAUCUAUGCGACUGCACGGUGCACCGCACAUGCACAGGAAAGCCCGCGUAUACAGGCUCUGCGUUCGAGUGCGAGGCCGUUGCAGUGAUUUAUAGACGGAGCAGUCGUUGGCAGUUGUUUAAAGCAUUGCUGAGCAUUUUCCUUUUACGACGCGCGCGCGACAAACAUGAUUUUUGGCUUGCUAGCUGCUGCCAGUUUUGAAUUGUUUUAUUUGGAUUCAAGCUGAAGCCUGCUGAAGCCGCUAUUGCUAUAGGCAGCCUGACCAUACAUCAUCAACACGCUGAUGCUGCUCUGCUGAAUGCUGCCCACUGCUGCCAUUUCAAGAUAGGUAAGGAGUUACCUAAGCUUUGGAAUAGCUACCAGGGUAGCAACAAUGCCAGAGCGGGAGUGUUUCGGCGGCCUGUUGACCGGCUACCCGGAGGUGGCAGUGGACAGGUUCGACGGCCGCUGCCUGAAUGCCAGCUACUUCCUGCUGAGUCAUCUGCACAGCGACCACAUGCGCGGUCUGGACUCGGCCGAACUGCGGUCGGUGCUGCAGAGCCAGCCUCAGCCGCGGCUGCUGCUGUCGCGCCAGUCGGCCGCGCUGCUGGCCAGCUGGCCGCGCUACGCCGCCCUGGCGCCGCACCUCUGUCCGCUAGAGGUGGGCGUGCCGCGCCAGCUGACCGACCGGCUGGUGGUGACCGCCCUGCCGGCCGCCCACUGUCCCGGCUCGGUCAUGUUCCUGCUGGAGGGCGGCGCCGGCGGCACUGUCCUCUACACGGGCGACUUCCGGUUGGACAGCCACCAGCUGGCAGACAUGAAGGCGCUGCACGACGCCGACGGCCACCCUAAGCCCAUCCAGGCGCUGUACGUGGACACGACGUUCUGCGUGCCGCAGCGCCGCGAGCUGCCGACCCGCAGUCGCAGCGCUGAGUCGGUGCUGCGCCUGGUCACCGAAUGGCUAGACCGCGCACCGGACAACCGCGUCAACCUCGACUGUAAGGCGCGCUAUGGGUACGAACACAUCUUCCGUCGACUGCAUGAGGCCACUGGCAUGCGUGUGCACGUGGAUGCAGAGAAAAUUCAACUAUAUGAGCGGCUGCCAGACAUCGCGCGGUGCGUCACGUCAUGUGCCUCAGAGACGCGACUACACUCCUGCCGGCCGGGCUCGACCUGUCUGCGCGACGGUAGCGGGGGACCUCUCCGCUCCAUCACCCUCUCCACCAUGUUCUUCUUCAUGAACCAAGCUGUGGACUGCCUGGAGUACCAUCUGGGCGGCGAGCGGUACCGUGUGCUCUACUCGUUUCACGCGUCACUCGGCCAGGUACGAGAGAUGGUGUCAUACUUGCGACCAGCCCGCGUGGUGCCGUGUGUGGUGCCGCCGAACAGCUCUUUAGAGAGCGUGGUGACACUGCUGGGUGGCGCCAGCGAGCCGCGGCUCGAGCUGCAGAGUAGCCGACUGCUGACUGCGCAGACUACCCACUGGGAGCGGAGACCGAGCGAAGUCCUGCAGCCGCACCGCCAGCACACCGGCCGGAGACAACCGCCCAAGGAGAUCAAACGCAUCCGCCCAAAGGUAGAGUCCCCCGGACGGCGUCAGGGUCACCAGAGGUCGCCCCAGCCCGCGGUAGGGGCUCUGGAGGAGCGGGCCGGCGCCGCAGACACCCGCCCUGCCUGGAAGUCCCCGUUCGAUAGCGACUGACGACGGCUGUUGAACGGACGGCAAUGUGAUAUGGGCGACGGCCGGUGGAAUGGAGCCUGGUCCCAGUUUAACAAUGGGCAGAGUUUGUGAUUCUCCGGGCGCCCGUAAAUUCAAAUUCAUCAUUCUCAUCAUUUAAGUUUGUGAUCAUUUAUUAUUGAACAUUGGCUGUGAUGUUCUUGUGAAAUGCAGUUAUUGUGCCGUCCUGGGGCGGGCAAUCAUCAAAUACUCGUGCCUUAUAUUAGAGACGCCGAAUGGAAUGAAAUAUCGGCAUCCUGUUUAGCAUCGCCUUUGAAUAAUCUCACUUUGAAAGGCUUCCAUAACAUGUGUAUGUGCCAAGGUAUUGUGCAAAAUAAAGUUUCCAACGGA